AUGGCUUCAAAUAUUCUAGAAAAUUUGCUUGAUCAAGUUUGGCAGCAACUUGAUCAACUAAAUCUGGUGGCGCCGGGCUGCGACUCCAAGCAUGAAAACAAAUCGACCCAAGUCUUGCCCUCUUCCAAUUUGCAAUAUGAAAAUAUAAGACUAAAAACUUUUGGGGGCAAAUGGCCAUUAAAGUUCCCAUCCCCUCAGCUUUUUGCAAGUAAUGGCUUUUACUAUCUCGGACGUGGAGACGAAGUGCGAUGCGCUUUCUGCCAAUUAGAACUAAUGCAUUGGAUGGAAGGCGAUGAUCCUGCCAAAGAUCACCAGCUCGGGGCUCCGCAGUGCACGUUCCUGAGACGCCAGGCCAGCUCCGGCAACGUGCCCAUGAAGUCCUCUCCUACCACCACCGGCCACGACGAGUGCGGAAUCCAACCGCCCAUCACGCCCAACCCCAUUCGCAGCCCGGGGCCAGCUCAUCCUCGCUACGCUUCCACAGCUGCCCGAAUCCAAAGUUUCAGAGAUUGGCCGACAAGCAAUCAAAAACAUACAGAACUAGCCGAAGCUGGGUUUUUUUAUACCGGCCAAGGCGAUAAAACAAAGUGUUUUUAUUGCGAUGGGGGUCUCAAGGACUGGGAAAGCAACGAUGUCCCCUGGGAACAACAUGCUCGCUGGUUCCAUCGUUGCCUGUACAUUCGGCUGGUCAAAGGUCAAGAGUACAUAGAAAAGGUGUGCUCAGAGGUGAGCGUCAUACCCGCCCCUGUGGAAGAAAAGGAAGAGAAGGAGAAACCUAGAGAAUAA